GAUGACGACCCACGAAUCUCUCGUACGGCUAUGAAAAGAAUUUUCCAUUAUGGUUAGCGGCGUCGUGUGGCGCUUCGGGUUGGCCCUAAUUUUGGUCCACGUGGCUGCAUUAACCAUGAUAGCAUCGCCACCCUCCUGUCCACCUGAGUGUAUUUGCUUAUCACAAACGCAGGUGCUGUGCAACUCAGGAGGAUUGCGGGAAAUACCGGUAAAGCUGCUGCCAGCGACGGUGGAACACUUGUCUCUAACCAGAAACCACUUCCCGGUGAUAAGGAGCGACGCCUUCUCCGGUCUCAGGGCGCUGAAAAAGCUCUCGCUGGAUGGCAACAACAUAUCAAUCAUAAAGCCGUUCGCGUUCAGGGGUUUGCCCCGUCUAAAGGAGAUCUCCAUUCAGCAGACGACUUUGGCGACUGUGGCGCAGUUCUCGUUCGCCGGUCUUCAAAAUAUCUCGGCUAUUUACCUGAGCCACAACAGAAUCAAGAAGGUGGAAGGGUAUGCGUUCGCCGGGACGACGAACCUCAAAUUGCUCGUGCUCAGCAACAAUCCAAUAGUGAAGAUCGAAUCGAAUGCCUUCAGCGGUUUAUCCAUUGUCGAGAGGUUGACAUUUCCUUCAGGGGUUAGACUGUUGGAGCCUGAUUGUUUCAACGGUCUCGACACCGUCGGGUAUCUGAAACUGGCGUACAUGGACUUGCCGUUCGUUGGUAACGGCACGUUCAGAGGGCUGACCAAUGUUGGGGUGCUGUCUAUACAGGAAUCCGAUCUGGGCGUCAUCCGGCCCGGCGCCUUCGAGGGUUUAACGUUCAUAAACAACUUGAACUUUCUCAACAACAAGAUAGACUCUAUACAGGAAAUGAUGUUCGGCCCGGAGCAGCGCAUACGGAACGUGAAAUUUCAGGGGAACCACAUUUUGGACAUACCCAAAAUCGAUUCCAUCUACUUCGCUGUGAACAAAUUAACGGUGAUAGCGAAUCACUUCCCGUGCGACUGCCACAUACACGCCCUCCUCGAAGGUCCUCUCACCAACGACAGCGUCUAUGAGUUCACCGCAAGGAACUUCUGCAUAUCCCCGUUGGAAUACAACGGUCGACCCAUGAACGAGCUCGACUUCGACUCGAUCGGAAGGUGCCAGGAGGAGGUGACACGCAGCAACCUCGAAUCCAGAGACUUACCAUCCAACACUUCCAAGAACAAUUACUCAGUGCUCAUCGUUACUCUAACCAUAACAACUCUAGCAUGGACACGAAUUCAACUCGGUUUAGUUUAAUCACCAUUAAAUUGAAUAAUCUAUCCAUACUAAAACUAUCUCUCUAUAUCCAUAUGAUAUUCCCCAGCCGACCCGAUACGCAUUUAUCAUGCAUGUGGUUCAGUGCGGCCGACAAUUUUAAACUACCGGUUAUGUAAAACGCGCAUACAUCCCAUCGAGUUUGAACGCCGAUUCCAACAAUUAUUCCACCACAAAAAUAAUUAGGGGUGGGAAGAAAAAAAAAGCAAACAACAUCAUAAUAAAUGUGCGGCGAGCCGAAAUAACGCGAAAACUAUUAAAUCGAAACCGCAAAUGCAUU